CAUAAUUGAUGACCUAAUUGAAAGGCAGGAGGAGGAGGUGUAUAGGAGUGAGGAGGAGAGAGAGAGGAAGAAAAGUGAACUUGUACUCACUCCUCUCAGUGGCCUAGCUGAGGGCAUUGAUGUAAGCGCACAGGCUUCCUGGGUUUUUACGCGCACGUCUUCCCCCUGUCCUUUUCACUUUUCCACACACGGAGCACCAGAACCACCUCUCACUUUCAGUUCCGCGGCCACCUGUGUUUCUUAUCUUUGCUUUUUUAUUCUUCUUCUUCUCUUCUCACUCUUCAUGAAUGAUUCUCUCUCCACACACAACUGUUAGUUCAUCGACCAGAACACCCUCGGAUACGACUGCGUCCUGUUACGCACGACCUCACCUCGGCACAGCUUCUCUGCUCAAACUCAAACGGCAGCAGCAGAAUCUUCACAGCAGCUUCAGACGAACUUGGAGCAAAUUCCAGUCGACGAGGAAAAACUUGAUUCUUUGUUCAGCAGCAGCAGCAGCAGCGGCAACCGUAGCUGAAGAGACGGUCAGUAUGAGUCUGAAGUCAGAAGGAGAACCCAACAACAACGUCUCCAUGGAGGAGGAGGUACGAACACUGUUUGUCAGUGGUCUGCCAGUAGAUAUCAAACCACGGGAACUUUACCUCCUCUUUAGGCCUUUCAAGGGUUAUGAAGGGUCACUGAUUAAGCUAACUUCAAAACAGCCUGUUGGGUUUGUAACCUUUGACAGCCGGUCUGGAGCUGAAGCUGCAAAAAAUGCACUGAAUGCCCCCCGUUUUGACCCCGAAAGUCCCCAGACCCUGCGCUUAGAGUUUGCUAAAGCCAACACGAAGAUGGCAAAGAGUAAGCUGAUGGCCACACCGAACCCCACAAAUAUCCACCCUGCUCUAGGAGCUCACUUCAUUGCACGGGACCCAUAUGAUCUGACAGGGGCAGCACUGAUCCCAGCAUCACCAGAUGCCUGGACUCCUUAUCCUCUGUACACCACAGAACUGACCCCGGGCCUCCCUCACGCAGCUUUCACUUACCCUGCGGCCGCUGCCGCUGCUGCAGCCCUCCACGCCCAGAUGCGCUGGUACCCCACUCCCUCUGAGACUUCCCAGCCUGGAUGGAAAUCCCGGCAGUUUUGUUAGAUUUGUAGCCUGUGGAAACCACACCUACGUCCACCUGAAGUGAGGUUUGCCAAGCUGUUGGUUAAUUUAAUCAGGUUAAUUUAAUGGACAGAUGUGCAUUAUUAUAAACUAACAGUAUUUAUAUCUCCUCCUGACUGUCUUUUGGGGAUUGGGGGGGGGGUCUUAGUUGAUCAUCUUGCUGUCAACAAUCUCAGCUUAUCCUCUGCAACUUCUGCGGUACCAUUCUUUAGCACUUCGUUAAAAGUAUGUAAAGUCCAGAUAAAGUUUAUACUGUAUUUGCUGAGGACCGCUGAUGCAUUGAAGUUACCAUUAUUAAGCUUGUCCUUCCGUUGUGUUUCCAGUGCUCCCGGAAGGUUUACAAUUGUUAGGUCAUUGCAUGUUAGUUUUUGGCAUGAAUUUAGAACUCAGAGUUCUGUGUAUCCUAAUUUUCUAAGUAUUUGUUUUGCCUCCAAAUCUGGCCUAGACAGAAAAGUUUCUUUUUUUUUUCCUGUAUGUAGAUUCUUGCUCUAACCUCUGUGACAGUUAGGCUGUUGUGUGAUAAUGGCUUAUCUUGCAUGGACUUGUGAAUAAAUCCCUUUGUUCUGACAGUUCCUGUCCUUUAUGAUCAUAUCAGUGUCUGUCAUUAUUUGAGUAGAAGAGAGUACAAAUAUUUGUACUUGUUGCGUAAUGUAUAUUUAUGCAUUUUUGUGCAACUGAAUAAUGAUCCUGUAUCAGUUGGAUGUUAAGUCGUCUGUUGUGUUUUCUUUUUGGUGUUUUCUGAACCUCUAAUCCUGUGGAAGUAGUUUUAAAUAAGUGGUAAAAAAAGUGCAAUUUGUUUAAGAGGAUGUCGGUGUCGGACAAAAAAAUUGAAGUAUUCUGAACAUGGCUUGUGCUAGUCUGCUAAAUGAGAUUCUUAAAAUUAUCUUUCAGAAUGUGAAGCUGGACUACAAACAUUGUUUUUGAAGGGGGACAUUUUUGAAAUGGAAACAGGAUUAAAGUAAUGGGAUUAUUAUUUGGUUUGUGGUUUAGAACAUGUUUCUCGCUGUAUCUGCUGUGCAUAAGAUGUAAAAAAAAAUUAAAUAAAAAAAUCCCAUCUUAUGAAUAAAAGAAGUGAAUGCU